CUGCACCCGCAUUUCCUAUCCAUGGUCCUUCUGUUGCACUCGCCCAUAAUCAGAGUCUGUCUCCUACAAAGGUGCAGAGUCUCUCUCUCUUGCACAAACACCCCCACCCCUCCCACUCUAUCAUCCAUCACACACCCCAGGCAAAGGCAGGCUCUCUGCCCCCCCCCCUGCUAUCCAAGCGUUAAGGUUCUGGUGUUGACCGUAGAUCUUUCAAAGGGUAAUUUGUCUGGGAGCAGCCAAUCCACAUCCUGUCCUUGGCCCAGCCAAUGAGAGCCAGGAGACCCAGCACAGCAGCCUAUCAGAGGCCCAGUAUUCUAAUAAGCCCCAUCUUUUAUCAGAGGGAAUGAAGCUUCCCUUGAAGUUAAACUUGGUGGCUGGCCAGUUUUGACUUCAGAAUCUCUGGGGCACAGGGAGGUCCGCUAGCCAGGCACCCAAUGGACUUGAGCCACAGUUUCCCUUGGCCAGCAGGAGCUGCUCCAGACCACCAGCUGCCUCUGUGCCAGCAGGGAGGCUGCCAAGUAGAAGCAGGGUCUCUGUGAGAUGGCACUGCCAAUGUGCCAUGCACUUCUGGGAAUCUAAAAGCUGCAUGAUUGACCCCCCAAACCUCACUAGGCUCAUCUCCCAGCGGGCAGUCUAGCGAUGGACACCAACCUCCAGGGGACAUUCCUUCUCAACAACCCUCCUCUGCCCCCUUUCCCAGAGGUGAAGGCCUCGAUGUGCCAGUAUACAGUGCAAAACUCCUUCUACAAGCUCAGCCCCCCUGGGCUGAGUGCCCAGCUGGCUGCUGGCACACCGCAUGGCAUCAGCGACAUCCUGAGCAGGCCAGUGGCUCCACCGAAUGGGGGUCUUCUCUCGGGCUACUCCCACGUUGGUGGGUUCAACGGACUGGGCACCCAGAGCCUUUACUACGGGUCUCAAGUGGGGAACUUCUCCAAAGCCGGAAGCGAAUACUCAGCCAGAGGUCGGAACUGCUGGGCAGACACAGGGCAGGAGUGGCAUGGAGCUCGGCCAUGUGGCAACCCUGCAGGGCCCGUGGGCGACAGCCUCCACAAGAAGAAGCACACGCGGCCGACCUUCACGGGCCACCAGAUCUUUGCCCUGGAGAAAACCUUUGAGCAGACCAAGUACCUGGCUGGGCCUGAGCGGGCCAGACUUGCCUAUUCCCUUGGAAUGAGUGAAUCGCAGGUGAAGGUCUGGUUCCAGAACCGGCGCACCAAGUGGCGCAAGAAGAGCGCCCUGGAGCCCUCGUCGUCGUCUUCGCCCCGCGCGGCGGCCGGAGCGGGCGAGCGCCCAGCCUCGGACGAGGACGACGAAUACAACAAGCCUCUGGACCCGGACUCCGACGACGAGAAGAUCCGCCUGCUGCUGCGCAAGCACCGCGCCGCCUUCUCGGUGCUCGGCCUGGGCUCGCCCAGCGGCUGAGCGGCAGCGAGGACUCCGGCCAGCGGGAAGAGGAGCAGCUCAGGCGGCAGGACGGGGCCGCCAAGCCUUCCUGGCUGGCUGCAUGCCCCGACCCUCAAGUCCUCUCCAGCAGCCAAGGGAAGUUUCAUCACAUAGGCUUUCAUUUCUCUCUUUAUAAAAAAAGAACAGCAAAUAUUUUCAAACCACUUACAAAAUGACUCCAGGGGUUGCGGGAGGAGGCACCCGCUCUCAGGUUGUGUCACAGGCACGAGUCAAUAGUCACCUUCCACAGCCAGUUUUUCCUGGUUCAAACUGAAUCAUGCGGAAAACAUGCCCCCAAUUGUUCAAGAUGUGCUAGUAUCGAGGAGACUGACCAGCAACACCCUUCACAAAACGUUACACCUGUGUUCGCCCUUCAUUUGAGCCAGAGCUCACAAGUGCUGGGCCCCAGCAUCCCCCCUUCAGUAUUGACACCCGGCUCUGAAAGUUGUAAAGCAAAUAUAAAGGAGAGUGCUCCUGAACAUAGGCAGAGUACACUUCAGUUGCCACUCCGGUGUCACAGCCUGUCCUCCCACAACCUGCUGGGGUUGGAGCUGCAGGUACAAAUGUGAGUCCCCUUAGGCCCAGAUCAGCACCAGAUCCUGGCAACACUUUGAGAGGCUUAAACUGCAGGCUUAAACGGGGUCUGCAAUAUUCUGUUUUCCCAGGGAAGGCAGAAAAAAACCUAUUCAUUCUCAGCAACCACCAAGCAGCAAUUCCUUUGCUGAGGUGAGGCUGCCACUGCAGCAAAACUGAUGCAGAUCUGAUAUAUGCUUUUAAUGUAGCUAAAUGAGAAGCUAGCAGGGAGAAGUUUGGCAAAUGCAGCUUCUCCUGUUCCAAUACUGUACUCACAGGAAAAAGCUACAAUUAAAAAACUAAAGUACUGUACCAGGACUCAAGCCUAGGAUAUACAGAAGAGGAUAUAAUUAGUGCUGUUCCAAACAUUUUUCCUGCAUUUAUUUCUUCUCCUGUUGUCCACUCUCCAUCAAUUAAUGAGAAAAGAAACUGCAUUGUAUAAUUAUCACAGGAAAGAGGAAAUGUUGAGAAAAUUAUCAUGGGUCUAGUGCAGGGUUUUUGUUGCCCUUAGCUUCCUUUUGAAGUGGCUGAGGGGUUUCUUCCUUCUGCAAAUGCCCUGUGGUUCUGCAUCCCACAGCCUCGGCGAGCCAGGGCAGCUGUGGCUGGGCUUUCAUGUACGUGCGGAAGGCAGGGGUCCUGUCUACUGCUUGCCAUACCAUGGCUUGUGGGCAUUAAAAAAAAAAAAGCAAAGGCUUUUAUUUUUAAAUAAAUCAGUGUUGAAAUCUCUCUCUUUUUUUAGGUAAAAGGAACAACUUCCAUUAAAAACAAAAUCAGUUUCCAAGAGUCCUUAUAAGUCUCCCUCAUAACAGCUGCAAUUGCUUUCUUGCUCAUACAAAAAAAAAAGAUGAAUAUAAAAGAAAAGGGUUAGGGUUUCUUUGAUAAUUACACCAGUAGCACACAUUUUAAAAUGUUUUCAGUACAUUUAAAAAUAUUUAUUUCCGUGGAAUCAUUAACAUUUUGUAUGUGUAAAUUGAAGGUGUUUGUCACAUUGAAAUCAUCAGAUCUUCAUUUCUGGGCUAAGACUGGGCUGCAAAAUUAUGAAGAGAAAUAAACCCUAACCCUUCAAAACCCAAGAUGCAGUUUCCUUGUGCAAAUACCCCAAAUGGAUAAUACAAAAAUAGGAAUAGCUUUGGGGCUUUCACAUGCAGAGAUAUUCUAAGUUUCUGGAUUAAAUCCCAACAGACUUAGGGUUCCCCAGCUCACCUGAAUGAAGGAGUGGCACUUUACUUAUUUGGCGUCCACAGAUGAGCAAGCAAAUUCAGGAGAGACCUUCACCAACCAGGUUUAAGACUGUCUCUCCUGUCUGACUCAGCCAGCACGGCUGUGGGAGUUGCAGGCCAGGCAACUGGGGGCACCAGGCUGGAGACCCAGGUUGGCUCAAGAGGGCUGGGGGCGGGAAAGCUUUAUGUAUGCUUUUAAAUGCUUUUAGCAGCUUUGUUUGAGGGAAUCCUCUGCUGAUAAAAAGGAUUUGCCUUUGGAGGAAAAACUAUGCGUUAGGCAAUCGCACAAAAACUCAGGCAAACAAUGCAAAAAUAGAAGCAAUUGGCAUAACCCACAAAAAGUGGGUUAAUUUAGCUGCAAUGCUCACUGAAAGCAUUUCUGGGGUUGCUGCUUACUUAAAGGGCUGGCUUGGCUUAACCCAUCCCGCCCCCCACUUGGUGCCCUCCAGAUGCUCUGGACCAGGCAUAGGCAAACUCAGCCCUCCAGAUGUUUUGAGACUACAGUUCCCAUCAUCCCUGACCACUGGU